UCUGGGCCUUUUACUGCACUAUGGAUCAGCUGGGGUAUGUGAGAAGUGCUGCUUCAACCCAAGGUGCCAAAGAGGGAUUGAGCAAGCCCUCUGCUCCCCAGAAGAAUGCUUAUGCGAGGCUUGUGCAAAAGCACCACAGCGGCCGAUUCCGGUCCUAUUUGAAUCACAUUGCACAGAAGAUGCAGCUGGAAGACAGCAGCUCCAAUGGCUCCAGCUCGGAUCUGGACCUGUCCCUGAGGAGAGGCCUGGUGAAGGAUAGUCCAGCCAGGGAUGGGUUGGAUGUGCACAGCUAUUCACCGGUCAGAACAUCUCACCUGGAACAGCCCAUGCCUGGAGGAUUUGAGACUGAUAAACCCCAAACCACUCUGAACAGAUGUCCCCAUAAAAAAAAUGCCAUUGUUAGUCCAGAAGGAGACCUGGAGGUGGAGGAAGACUAUUACGUACAUCAGCGUGGAGCUGUAGCUGACUUGUUAAAUAUGAGUGAUGCCCUGGGUGGGAGAGUGUCGAAUGGCCUGAGACACCGUGCAGCUCUGCAGAAGUCUUCUGGUUCUGAUGAAAAGGAUGAGGAGGACAUGUGGAGGAAGAAACAUAAGAAACGAGGCAGGUGUCCUGUCAACACAGAUACAGCAGCUGGACACUUGUUGACUGAGCAGUUUAGUGAGGAUGUGCUGGCAGUAAAUGCCAGGAAAAACAGUCACUUUUCUCCAGGUCAAGUCCAAGGUGCAGAAAAGAGAGGGUUUGCAAGGACCAGAAACAACUCUGAAUCUGCAAGAACUCCCCAGAACUUCGAUAGGAAGAGGCAACUCUCUCAAUCGCAGACAGAAACAAUGAACAAUUCAGACAGCAGAAUAAAUCCUAGACAACUGGGAACUCCCAGAGGAGGAUCCUAUGCUGCUGUCCCAACAUCAGGUGAUAGAAAGAAUCUAAAUAAACCCACUCGAGGGAGGAAGAAGAGUAUAUUUGAAGCCUACAUGUCAAAAGAAGAUGUUUCAGCAGGACUGAAAAGGGGAGAGCUAAUUCAGGGACCCUUGAGAAUAAAUCCUAAGAAGUACCAUGAAGCCUUCAUUCCAUCUCCAGAUGGGACUCGCGAUAUCUUUAUUGAUGGAGUGGUUGCUCGCAACAGAGCCCUGAAUGGUGACAUCGUGGUAGUGAAACUGCUUCCCAAGGAGCAAUGGAAGGUAAUAAAGCCAGAUGGUAGUGACAAAGAAACAGAAGCCACGCAUGAAUCAGAUGUCCCUGAGGAUAUGUUGGGGACUUGCAUUCCUCAAGAGACAGUGAAAGGCGAUGCUAAGAGUCCGGAUGUCAUUAUAGAAGCUCAGUUUGAUGAUAAUGAUGCAGAGCAUGGACAAGACCACUUGCAGGAUACCUUGAUUGACGACAUUAAGAAAUUUUCCCUGGAUAGCAGUGAAAAGGCAAAUGCUGUUGGGAUCAGUGGUGUGCACAGAACAAAGCAAGAUGAUGGACCCAAGGUGAAUGAUCCCAGGCUCCUCCCAGAUAAGUUUCUUCAAAGGACAGCCAAGGUGGUCUAUAUUUUGGAAAAGAAACAUUCCCGAGCAGCUACAGGCUUCAUCAAGCUUCUGGCAGACAAGAACAGUGAACUCUUCAAAAGGUGUGCCAUGUUCUCACCUGUGGACCACAGAGUGCCCAGGGCCUACGUAUCCUUGGCUGAUUGCCCUCAGGACUUCGUGACCAGGCCCGAGGACUAUUCAAAUAUGCUCUUCAUCUGUCGCAUAGUGGACUGGAAAGAAGACAGCAACUUUGCAACAGGGCAGCUGGCCAAAAGUCUUGGGCAGGCUGGGGAGAUUGAGCCGGAAACAGAAGGGAUCCUGACGGAGUAUGGUGUGGAUUUCUCUGACUUUUCCCCCAAAGCCCUGGAAUGUCUUCCUCAGAACCUGCCCUGGGUUAUCUCACCAGGAGAGCUGGCCAAAAGAAGAGAUUUAAGGAAAGAAUGCAUUUUCACCAUCGACCCAUCAACUGCCAAAGAUCUUGAUGAUGCUUUGUCCUGUAAACAACUCCCUGACGGGAACUUCGAAGUGGGUGUUCACAUCGCAGAUGUGAGCUACUUUGUACUGGAAGAAACGGCACUGGAUAAAAUAGCGAGUGAAAGAGCAACUAGUGUCUAUCUAGUGCAGAAGGUGAUUCCGAUGCUUCCCAAGCUGCUCUGUGAGGAGUUAUGCAGUCUCAAUCCCAUGCGAGAUAGACUGACGUUCUCUGUGAUGUGGAAGGUGACUCCAGAAGGCAAGAUCCUUGAUGAAUGGCUUGGGCGGACAGUCAUGUGCUCCUGUGUGAAGCUAAGCUAUGAGCAUGCACAGAGUAUAAUUGAAAACCCUGGGAAGGUGUUCUCGCCUGAAGAACUGCCUCCUGUCUCCCCUCAACACUCCAUAGCCGAGAUCCAGCAAGCUGUGCUGAACCUGCAUCGAAUUGCCCAGCACCUCCGCAAACAGCGCUUCAUCGAUGGUGCUCUGCGCUUAGACCAGUUGAAGCUCUCGUUUACCUUGGACCGGGAGAGUGGGAUGCCUCAAGGCUGUUAUAUCUAUCAAUACCGCGACAGCAACAAGCUGGUGGAAGAGUUCAUGCUGCUCGCGAACAUGGCCGUGGCCCAUCAGAUCUACCGCUCCUUCCCUGAGCAGGCCCUGCUUCGCCGCCACCCGCCACCCCAAACCAAGCUGCUGAAAGACCUCAUGGAAUUUUGCAACCAAGUCGGCCUCAACAUUGACUUCAGCAGCGCAGGGACCCUGCAUAAAAGCUUAAAUGAAACAUUUGGUGCUGACAAAUACUCCGAAGCCAGGAAAGAAGUGCUGACCCACAUGUUCUCCAGGCCCAUGCAGAUGGCUCUCUACUUCUGCACCGGUGUCCUGGAGGAUGAGACCCUCUUUCACCACUACGCCCUGAACGUGCCCUUCUACACGCACUUCACCUCGCCCAUCCGCCGCUACGCAGACAUCAUCGUGCACCGUCUGCUCUCCGCCUCGCUCGGUGUCAGCUCCCCCAUCAAGAUGGAGAAAGAGGCCAUCCAGAGGCAGGCAGAUCGCUGCAAUGACCGGAAGAUGGCUUCCAAAAGGGUGCAGGAGCUCAGCGCUGACCUCUUCUUCGCCGUCUUCGUCCGGGAGUGUGGUCCUUUGGAGUCAGAGGCCAUGGUGAUGGGUGUCCUGAACGAGGCCUUUGAUGUCUUGGUGCUGAAGUUUGGAGUCCAGAAGCGCAUCUACUGCAAUGCACUGCCCCUGCUGGGCUUCCACUUCCAGAAGGUGGGGAGGAAGCCGGAGCUGACGCUCAUGUGGGAGCCAGAGAAGCCAGAGCAAGAAUCUGUGCCCCAGGUGAUCAGCAUUUUCACACUGGUGGAGGUUGUGCUGACGUCGGAUGGAGUCCCACUUAAGUACAGUGCCCUGCUCAAGAGACCGAGCUCGGAGAAGUGAGCGCCCUGGGCUGUGCCUGCUCCCCGC